AUGGAAUAUAUGUUCAAACAAAUCCUAGAAACUCAAGGGAAAUUUGCUAAGGACAUUGGAGAUGAGUUCAAGGCUGUUCAUGCCAAGAUUGAUGGAACUUAUUCUGACCUCAACAACAAGUACAUGCAACUUGCCUCUCACGUCAAAGCUUUAGAGAGCCAGGUUGCUUCAAUGCCUUCAUUCUCCAAGCAGACUAUGGGAACUCUACCAGGGAAAGCAGAGGCAAACCCAAGGGAACAUUGCAAUGUUCUCCUCUCUAGUGACACUUCUCAGGUCGCCACCUACAAUAGAGAGGUAGAUGAGAUUGAAAGAUUGGUGUUUGGAACUGAAAUUGAACAGGUUGAGCAUGUGGUUGUUGCAACAGCUGAGUCCAAAAUUUUGCAAGAAGCUGACAUGAUAGUUGCAGCAAAGGUUGAGAAGAGCAGAGAGCACACGGCUGAGAAACCAGUUGAGAGAAGAUCUGAUCAGAGGCUGAAUGUGGUGAAGCAGGAAGACACUGAGGUUGAGCUAUCCCCCUAUGACAAGCUCCCUUUUCCAGAGAGAUUCCUCACCAAAGCUCAAAAGAAGGUGGUCUCCAAAUUCAGAAAAUACUUGAAUGAUAUUGGAGUAAGGCUUCCAGAGAUUCACAACAUGCAAGCUGCUCAUGUCCAGAUGAUGCUCAUCAAGGACAUUCUAGACCACCAAGCUGAAGUAGCAGAGCUCCUGGACAUCUCUACACUCAAGUUUGAUCCACCCAUCCCACCCAAGUCCCUCCCUAAACUAGGACACCAAGGGAUGUUCACUUUGCCUUGCUCCAUUGGAAAGCUUAACUUUGAUGAUGCUCUAGUGGAUUCUGGUGCAAGUGUGAAUGUGAUCUCACUUGAGGUGAUGAAGAGUCUAGGGAUUGAACACAUGCUACAAGACACAUCUAAGCUCCAAUUUGGGGAUUCUUCUUCUAAAACCCCAAUUGGUAUCAUCAAGGAUUUCCCUUUGAAGCUUGGAGCAUGCACCAUCCCUAUAGACCUCACUGUUUUGAAGAUGGCAACUGGGAAGAGAGUCCCAUUGAUCUUUGGCACUCCAUUCCUCACAACAGUGGGAGCUUGCAUAGACUUUGCCAACAACAAAGUCACACUCCUAAAUGUGAACAAAGUUGUUUCCUACCCUCUUCAAUCACCUAAGUUGAAAACUGAGUAUUGUGGCACAAUAACUUGUGGAUCAUCCUCCAUUGAGAAGACAAAGGCUGAGCUGAGUGACAGUGCUCAAAAGGAGGAGGUGAGUGAAGCCACAAAGGCCUCUCAUGGCAAGAAGAAGAUUGUAAAGGAAUCUCACCCUCCACCUCUUGAGAAGACUCCUCACACCCUCACUCUCCACCCAAUGAAGCUCAAGGAUGGAGCUAUUGAGUACAAGAUCAAGUGCAAGGGAAGGUCUAAGCCAUUCUCAAGUGCAAGGACCAUCAUCACUCCUAACCUCCAAGAUGAUCCAAUCAAGCUUCAAGAGCUUCUCUCCCACGUCCUCACCAUCACUCUUGAAGGUGGAAAGGACUCUCCUUUUCACUAG